GACUGGAAAUACUAAGUUAAUUUUUGGCUCUUAUCCUCAAAGUAACCUAUUUCGAAGCUACUAUCUGUAGCGCGCUCUUUCCGUUGGUCGUUUUGAUCGCUAAAAAUGAGAAGUUUUUAUCGUUUUUGUUAUUGUAAAAAACAAAUAGACAUCUUUUUUAUACAUUUUGCCACGACAUCGUCAAAGUAGUAUCCACACUACUUUCAAUGUAAUGACGCAACUUUAUCGUCAAUUAGAGCUGAGGACAGACACAUGAAAAACUGAGGUCUAUUUGUUAAACAUCUCAAAUAAAGAAUCUUACUCUCAAGCUGCUAACGAACACAAGCUGCUAAGUUGUUUAUCAUUUUCUGUUCGCUUAUUAUAUGUGAGCUAUAUUUUUCCAAAUAGUCAUAACCCAUAAUUCUGCCUCUGAACCAAAAGAACCUUCGAAGUAUUCCUUCAUAUCAAAUUACUGUAAAAUAAUUUCAAUUUUUUUUUUCAUAGCCAAGUUUUUUUUUUCAUAAGAUAUUGCCCAAAAAUGCCGCCUCAUUUUCGAAUGUGAGCACGCGCAGUCUCGUUCCCAGAGCUCCCCGGUCUCGAUACUACUGGAGGAACACGCGAUACUUUCGGACAGCGAUCUUGCGCAUCUCUGAAAAUAUCUACAUAAGCACCAUCUGACUUCAAACCUUCCAUUUACAUGUAAUACCCGUGUUUUGCUGUUUUAUGAGGACUGGAACUGAAAAUGGAAGAAAAAAAUGCAUUYGUCCCUCAUAGUCACUUACCGUACGGUAAGGUUGGUUCUGGGUUUUAUUCAACUCGAAGCAUUGCUAAUCGUCAAGUGGUUAAGACAGCGACCCCUUUGGUUCUGAGAGAACUUGAUGCUAUGGCCCUAGAAAAACAGUCUGUGGUGACCCUAGUGGAUUAUGGGACUGCUGAUGGUGGAAUUUCAAUGGAUCUUAUCUACGCAUGCGUCAAAGCAAUACGAGAAAAAUACGGAGCUAAACUACCGAUAAAUGUGAUCUACGAGGAUCAACCCGUCAAUGAUUUCACGUCUGUGUUCUUGAGAACACAAGGUUUGAUUCCUGGUCCUCGCAGUUAUCUCCUUGACUUCCCCAACGUGUUCGUCAUGGCCAGCGGUACAAAUUUCUACGAUCAGUGUUUCCCAAAUGACAGCGUGACAUUAGGGUUCUCUUCUAAUUGUGCACAUUGGUUGCGUGACAAGCCUUGUGACAUGACUGGAACUACAUGUCACCUAUUCAUUACUGUACCAGAGGAAAAAGAGAAGUUUGGAGCACAAGCCGAAAAAGACUGGGAAUUAUAUCUAACGAAAAGAGCGGCCGAACUUAGCCCAGGAGGCAGUAUGGCCCUGGCGGAGUUAGCUGUGGAUGAGAAUGACCAGUUUACAGGACACACGAAAGAUGCCAAAUAUUGUAGUGAAACAGUUCUAUCAACAAUUUGGAAAUCACUUUCAGAUGAAGGAAUUAUCACUAAGGACGAGGUUACCAAAACAAAUAUUAUCUCUUACUUCAGAAAGGUAGAUGAGUUCAAGAAACCAUUCAAGUGUCCUGACUCGCCUGUUGUCAAAGCAGGUCUAGAGUUGGUUUCCAUAGAAACAAAAAUCGUACCUUGUGCAUAUAAGGAAAAAUGGAUUAAAGAGAAGGGAGAUGCCAAAGAACAUGCAAAGAAAUACGUAGGAAGUAUUCUAGCGUGGAGCAACAGCACAUUUCUUUCAGGAUUAUCGGAUUCUCGUUCUGCCGAAGAGAAAUCUAAAAUCGUCGAUGAAUUGUACCACCGUUACGAAGCUGAGGUGGCCAAGUGCCCUGAGGAUUAUGGGGUUGAUUAUGUUAACGCCUAUUUGGUCAUAAGAAAGCGUUUACUUAAAGGGAUUUAACUGUAGCCAAUGACUUGCAAACGCCUUACAGAACGUUUACGAAAUUAUCAUGGAUAAGAGGCAAAAAAGGAAAUGCAAUAGAAAUGGCGCAAAUUAUAUAUUAAAAAAGCGUAACAUAUACAAAAUUUGGUUCAAGCCUCGGCCGGAUCAACACUCAGGGUCUUAAAAUAACUGAAGGUGCUGUCUUUGUAAUUACAUCUGCAAAUAGUUAGACAUUCAGGUCUUCUCGGACAAGGACUUAAAACCCCAGGCCCUAUUUUCCCGACCCUUCCUAACCUACAGUAAAAUGGGGGACAUAUAGUCUCCCGGUUCAAUGGCCUAUCCUACGGCCUAAUUUGGAGGCAUAACACCAGCUAAUUUACUAACAAUUCACACUCACGAUUGUAAGCUGCACGGCUGCUAAUAGUGCCUUAAUAUGUAGCCAGUAAAGUCCUCACUGGUCAUAAAUGUAAAGCGCAUUGAGAUAUUUGAAAUGCGCUAUAUUAGAAAUUUCUAUUAUCAUUA